CAAACAUGCUAUAGUAGCAGGUUUUGAAUUGUAUGCCAAGUUUCGAGUAAUCAAACAUGUUAGCUAGUAACAGGUUUAAAUACAUAUAGACAUAAGAAUCAAAGAACUACUCUUUCACUGAUACAUUUGCCAGAUCCAGUAUCCAUUUCCCAAAUUUACACAAUGAGCUUGUGGUGGGCCGGAGCAAUCGGAGCGGCGAAGAAAAAACUAGAUGAUCAGGAUGAAGCGCCACCAAAGUCCCAAAACGUUGCAUUAGUUAUCGGAGUUACUGGAAUUGUCGGCAACAGUCUCGCCGAAAUCCUCCCACUCUCUGACACCCCUGGCGGUCCAUGGAAGGUUUACGGUGUCGCCCGCCGUCCUCGCCCACAAUGGAACGCUGACCAUCCUGUCGAAUAUAUCCAGUGUGACAUCUCCGAUGCAAACGUAACCAAAGUAAAACUUGGCAAUCUUGAAGAUGUAACUCAUCUGUUCUAUGUCACUUGGGCCAGCGGGUCAACUGAGUCCGAAAACUGCGAAAUAAAUGGAACCAUGUUUAAGAAUGUUGUUGAUGUAGUUGUUCCUAAUUGUCCCAACUUAAAACAUGUUUCGUUGCAAACGGGCCGAAAACAUUAUUUAGGCUCGUUUGGAUCUGGCUUCAAAGAAGCUCAUGAUCCCCCUUUUCAUGAAGAUUUACCUAGGCUUAAAGCGCCUAACUUUUAUCAUGUACUAGAAGACAUAUUAUUUGAAUCUGUUAAACAAAAAGAGGGAUUAACUUGGUCUAUUCAUAGGCCCGGGAUAAUAUUUGGGUUUUCGCCCCAUAGCUUGGCCAACGUAGUUGGCGCCAUAUGUGUUUACGCGACUAUUUGUAAACAUGAAGGGGUGCCUUUUAAGUUUCCCGGGACUAAAGAAGCUUGGGAUCAUUACUUUGAUGUUUCUGAUGCGGAUUUGAUAGCUGAACAACAUAUAUGGGCUGCAGUCGAGCCUUCUGCGAAGAAUGAAGCGUUUAAUAUAAGUAAUGGUGAUGUGUUUAAGUGGAAGCAUUUUUGGAAAGUGUUGGCCGAGCAGUUUGAAGUCGAGAAUGGCGGGUUCGAUGAAAGUUUGGGACGAAUGAGUUUGGAAGAGAUGAUGAAGGAUAAAGGGGAUGUUUGGGAUAAGAUUGUGAGAGAAAAGGGAUUGUUGGCUACUAGAUUGGAAGAGGUUGCACAAUGGUGGUUUGCUGAUCUAGUUUUAGGAUGGGAGUGUAUGCUGGAUACUAUGAAUAAGAGCAAAGAACAUGGUUUUUUAGGGUUUAGGAAUUCCAAGAAGUCUUUGAUUUCUUGGAUUGAUAAGAUGAAAGCUUAUAAGAUUGUUCCCUAAACUUCAAGGUUCGAUCUUAAUCCCUAUCUCAUGUUGUGUGGUUAUAUUUCGAUGUUUUCGUUAUAAAGAAUAUAUGGAAUUGAUGUCCAUAUCAUUGUAUCUUGAAUGAUACUACAAUUUGUAACCUUAUAUACUUCUGUAUUACAUAAAUAAAAUACAAUUUAUUGUUUCCAUCUUUUUUUU